UUUUCUCACAGAAGGUGUGUCAGUCUGGACUUUCACCUUUGCCCUGUGCCUGGGCGGCCCUUCCAGUUGCUGUGUGAGCCCUGGCUGGGUGGGGACCUGUUUUGUUUUCUCCCUCCCUCCUCUCAAUUCGGAUGUUCUGCCGACACCAUACGCAGAGCUGAGCCAGCAGUGUGUGUGAGAACAGCACCUUCCCUCCCUCUGCAUUGUUCCUGAUUCGAUAAGCAUAGUGGCCUCCAGGUAUUUUCUUUUGGUCUCCCUGGUGACGAGCAAGAGAUCUGUUCCAGGUGAGCCACUCACCUCGGGCCGCUGCCGGUACAGGCUGGGUGACAGUUCUCUCUCUCUCCCUCUCUCUCACUGCUGCCGGACUCCCCCUUCGCCUCAGUCCCUGUCCUGGAUGAGACCAGCAGUGACUUCCUGCCCUGCUAAAUGAGAGUCUUCGAAAAAUGGGCCAGUUCCACGAAGAGAACAGACGGCACCAACCAGGAGGGGAAGAUAUCCGAGGCUCCACAGGCACAGGCUUCUUGGACACUGAGCAAUGGGACCGUGGAGAACAGUGUAGGGGCCCAGGAUGGGAGUGGAGUCUCGUCGCAGGCUCAGCCACCGCCUCAGCCCCCGGCACCCGGUCCAGAGGCCCCCAACAGCCGGGGGAGCUGGGGGAGCAAACACGAGUUUCUGUUGAGCUGUAUCGGGUAUUGCGUAGGGCUGGGCAACGUUUGGCGUUUUCCCUACCUCUGCUACCGUAACGGAGGAGGCGUGUUUCUGAUCCCAUACUGCAUUAUGAUGCUGGUGACGGGGUUGCCGCUUUUCCUUAUGGAGCUCAGCCUGGGUCAAUACGGCGGGGCCGGUCCCAUCACUGUGUGGAAGUGCUGCCCCCUACUGAAAGGGAUUGGAAUCGGGAUGUUGGUGGUGGCCUCCUUGGUCUCACUUUACUACAACGUCAUUAUUGCUUGGACCUUCUACUACUUGGGCAGCUCCUUCCAGAACCCUCUGCCCUGGUCGUGUGAGGCCCCGGACAACUUACAGUUGUGUCAGAACCUAACGUCUAACCAGAGUGAUCUGAGUGCCAGCGAAGUCUUCUGGAACGAGCGGGUCCUGGGACUGCCCGGAAGCACGGGUCUUGGAGACCCCGGCCCAGUUCGAUGGCAGCUGGCUGUCUGCCUCCUGGCAGCGUGGGUCUUCAUUUUCCUCUGCUGUCUGAAAGGCAUCCGCAGCUCUGGCAAGAUCGUGUACAUCACUGCUACAUUCCCCUACGUGGUGUUGAUCGUACUGAUUAUCCGCGGAGCCACACUGCAGGGUUCUCUCCGCGGAGUCCAAUUCUACCUCAGUACCAACUGGAAGCGCCUGGGCAGUGCACAGGUGUGGAAUGAUGCUGCUUCCCAGAUCUUCUACUCGCUGGGCAUCGGAUUUGGGGGCCUGUUGUCCAUGGCAUCGUACAACAAGUUUGACAACAACGUGGUCAGGGACACACUGGUCAUCGUUACCGGCAACUGUGUCACGAGCUUUUUCGCUGGAUUUGCCAUUUUCUCCAUCCUGGGACACAUGGCGUGGAAGAAGGGCGUGGAGGUGAGCGACGUGGCAGACUCAGGUCCUGGCCUGGCAUUUGUGGCAUACCCAGAGGCCCUCGCUCUCCUGCCUGGCUCCUUCAUUUGGUCGAUAUUAUUCUUCCUAAUGCUCUUCACUCUUGGCAUCGAUACUCUGUUUGGGAACUUGGAAGGAAUUACCACUGCCAUUCUGGAUGAGUUUCCGGUGCUUCGGGAAAGGAAAUGGAAGGCAAUAUUCCUGGCCACUCUCUGUUUCUCCUUCUACCUCCUGGGGCUGCUUCUCAUCACUGAGGGAGGCAUCUACUGGUUUACGUUAAUAGACUCCUACAGCACCAGCUUCGGUCUCAUCAUUAUAACCCUCUUCAUGUGCCUGGGCAUCGCCUUUUUCUAUGGGGUCAACCAGUUCUGUGACGACAUUAUUGACAUGCUUCGUCUCUGCCCGCCCUGGUACAGCAAACUUCUGAUCUACUUCAAAGUCUGCUGGGCUCUCCUCACACCCCUCCUGCUACUGUUUAUCUUGAUGUACAUCUUCAUCGAGAUGUACAACACAAGCCUGCACUAUGGAACCUACGAGUACCCAGUGUGGGGGAAGGCGCUCGGUGUGUGCCUGGGGGUUGUAUGCUGUGUACAGAUCCCUCUCUGGGCUGUAGUUGCAGUGGUGAAAGAGUCAGGAACACUACGAGAUCGCUUUCAGAAAGCCAUCCGGCCCCUGAACUCCUGGAAAGUGACCGGCGGAGACCGGACCUUCACCCUGGAAACCAUCGACGUUCCCUUCUCCGUGACACUGACCGACCAUGACUUUACCGAAGUGUGAGGUGCCACUCUCACUGGCGGUAGGGGGAUCCUCGCUGGGUGAGGGUGUGAACUCCCUCAUGCCCCAGGCCCAGCAGGACAGAACUAGCAGCUGCCCACACCGCGAUGGAGCAGUGAACUCUGUAAUCCGAAUGGUCACCGCACGCUCAUACCUACUUCUGAGGACAACGAUGGUGCCCCAGCGAGUCCGUGCCCUGCCCUGUGCUCACUGACACUAGACCAGCCGGUCACUCCUUUGGAAAACGUUUGGCAUUGGGUGGGAUUAAUAUUGUCACAUGUACCGAGAUACAGAGAAAUGCUCGCCUCAUGUGCUAUUAAUUUAUUGUUUUUAUGAGAUGCAGUGUGGGACAAGCCCUUCUGGCCCAGAGCCACUCCCCCUGCAGCCUGCUUAUUUAACCCUGAUCUAAUCACAGGACAACCCACAAGGGUCAGUAUACCUUUGGGCAAUGGGGCAGUCAAUAAACAGUAGAAGGGAAAACCAUAAUGGAUUGUACUACAAGAUGCAGCACAGGGAGACAAUAAGGUCAUAAAACCAUCAGACACAGGC